AAAAUGACUGAAAUAUUCUUAAAACCAUAAUCAAUCAAUCAUAAUGUGUCCGGCUCUUGAAAGUAAACCAUAUUUCGAAAUAAGUCACAAAUUUCUCCAAUAUGAAAUAAAAUCCCAAAAGAAUUUUACCAGAAUGGAUGUUUCCAACAAAAUGUAACAACUGGAUGGAAGGUGAAGAUAACGAACAGUGAUCAAUCUCAUAACUCCUAUAAGCAAUACAAAGUAGAGAGUUGGGCAAACACGGACCCAUCGACAUACCAGAGGUAGGAUCAGGUGCCUAGAAGGAGUAAGCAUCCCCUGUAGACCGGUCACACCCGCCGUGAGCCCUAUAUCUUGAUCAGGUAAACGGAGUUAUCUGUAGUCAAAAUCAGUGUGCCAAGAACGGUCUAACAGUCGGUAUGAAACACGUUAGACAGCAUUUAACCCAAUGAUAUAUAGGUUGUAUUGGCGAACUAGAUCGUUAUAACGACCAUAGAAUUUGCCAAAUGCUGACUUUAAACGAAACUGUUGAAACCCCUCUACCAUCAACUUGUUUGUCAGUAGCUUUUACAAAUUGUAAUGACAGUCAUUUCCUCAUGAAUGCGCUACAGUUUAUUGUGAGCAAUGCGCGUAUAAAUGUUGAUGAAUAUAGUAAGUUUAUUUCCACGGUUGUGAAUUCCGACAGAAAUCAAAGUAGAAUUUAAAUAUACAAAUUAGAUAUCAUUGUCUAUGAUAACGCAAAAGAUGUUUAUUGAUAUUUCCUAAAAUCAUGAAAACAAACCGCCUUUGUUUGUCGACUGUUGAAAACACACCAUAUUUGAAAAUAAGCCGUAAAUUUCUCCGGUAUGAAUUAAAAUCCUGAAAUAUUUUACCAGAAUGGGUACUUCCAACACAACAUAAGACUGAGUGUUAUUUUUUAAUGUCUACAUUUCGAAAGUCAUUUCCUUUGAUACCCUUGCAAAUUGUAAUAAGCCGUUUCCUCUUUAAUGCGCUGUAGUUCCGAACGUGCAUGUAUGAAUCUUUAUUGAUGAAGUACGUCUUAUCUAACGGUUAGGAAGUCAAGAGAAUGUAAAUAUAAAAAACAAAAUUUCAUUUUUGAAAAUAUAUGAGAAUAUGGAGAUGUGAGAACUGUUUGCAGAGUGGAGUUGAUCACGUGGAAAAUUAAAGAAAACUGAUUAUCACAACGUUAUGAAAAAGUCUCUAUCAGUUAACGUCAGAGUUGUCCGCGCGGCUUAUGUAUGAAAAAGUGAAGAUAUGGAACAAUGAUCAAUCUGAUAACUCCUAUAAAGAAUACAAAACCAAGAGCUGGGUAAACAUGGACCACUGGAUAUGCCAGAGGUGAGAUCGGAGUAAGCAUAUAUAAAGUAUUUAUACAAAUAGCGAGAUCAAAAUAUUGGGUCUAUACCGCUUCGAUUCUUACAUUCAAAUGUAAAUAAAUAUGUUCCGUUAUGUCCGUUCAGACAACGUUAGCAAUGAUGAUAGAAUCCAUCCUGCGAUUCUGAAAUCUAGACUUUGAAUGCAUCAUUCUAUACUACGGCUGUUUUGACUACAUGUUGCAUUCAACAGUGUCUUCUGUAAAUUCAAAAUGAUAUUUAAAAAAUGAAACUCAUUUGUUGAAAAGACAGGAGGGCAUGCACUGCGACGCUUAACGCUACAAUUUCUAAAGACAGCAAAGCAAAACACAUUGAAAAUAAACUUUUAGUCAUUCCAGAAAUAUUUAAAACGUUGCAACUAUCAGGGCAUUAGAACACGUCAUUUUUACAGACUUUUACAUCUCGUCAGUACAUCUCGUCAGUUGAUAGAACUUGUGUUCCAACCUGUUGUAUAUGUAUUUAAAAUGAAAUACUGUAUGUUCAAAUCCUCAAAUCAAUGUAGGUCGAAAAUAUCUAAGAUGCAUUAAUACAGCAUUAAUACAGCUUAUGACGUCCUGCGUGAAAAGUCUCGUAAAAGGGACGUACAGUUGAUGAGGUCCCGCGUGAAAAGUCUCGUAAGAGGGAUGUAAAACAAAUAUACAAACAAAAGAUAUUUUUCAUCUAAGUAUACACUCAUAUUUCUUUUCAGUUACUGACGUUUUAUUUGUUGAAUAAUACUAUAUCGUAAAACGUAGUUUACAUUAUAUUUCUAGAAGCGUUAUGUCUGCACUAAUUUUUGAAUUCACAAUUAAUCAUAGUAAUUCAUUUCUUUCGAACAGGAUUUCGUAUUGUAUGGGAUUCUUUCAUAUUAUGCAAUACAGAAAAAACAACGUGUACAUGUAUGGCGGGGGCAAACUGACCAGUUAUUAAUUUAAGAUAAUAAUAAAGGUAAUAACCAAAAACUUCUAUCUUGUUGUAUUCGUAAAACCAGAGUUCAUCCGAUAGUUUACGACAAGUAGUACAUCCUCGUAUGUACAUGUACACCUAUUCAUUGAUUCAUUCGGAAUGCCUCGAUCUGUGUUUAUUUAUACAACCGGGUGUUUCGUCAUACCUUCCACGCUGGAAAUAAAUCGUUGAAUGAUCCAACAUUUAAAUGGCACGUGGAAAUUUUAGCUUGUCGUCUCCCUAGUAUAUAUAAACUUGUACCGAUAUAUCAAAUUAAAAGAAAAAAGAUCGAAGCUUGAGACUUAUUAAAGAAAUUCAGUGCAGAAAUUAAGAAAACCAUGGGAUUAUUUCUCUCCAAAUUAACCACUCUUUUUGAGUCUUUUUCCUUUGGAUCACCAGCAAGAAUAGUUAUGCUUGGCUUAGAUGCUGCUGGGAAAACGACCAUUUUAUACAAGAUUAAACUGAACGAGAAUGUGUGCACCAUACCAACCAUAGGUUUUAAUGUGGAGACAGUAUCCCCGGUAAAGGGCGUAUCCUUCACGGUCUGGGACGUCGGGGGUCAAGACAAAAUUAGACCGUUAUGGAAACACUACUACCAAAACACUGAAGGUCUGGUAUAUGUAGUAGACAGCAACGACAGAGAGAGGAUUACGGAGUCACGUGAAGAACUGUUCGGAAUCCUCCAAAACGAUGAAAUGAGAGGAGUUCCAGUGGUGGUCAUCGCUAACAAACAAGAUCUUCCAAAUGCUCAAAGUACCUCGCAGGUGGCAGACCAAAUGUGCUUAAACAGGCUGACGUCACGAAAAUGGUUCAUUCAAUCCGCAUGCGCAACAACAGGUGAAGGCAUAUACGAAGCCAUGAAGGAAUUAGCAACUAUGGUUAAAGAGUAUAAGAAGGGGCUUAAAUGAAACCGUUCACCACAAGUAUCUGUUAUAAGUCAUCAAGGGAGUGCUCAUUGACUUUUAUCUGCAUCUUUUACAUCCAUACAUGGAGGCGCUUCCAAGUCAGCAGAUAUCCAAACUGCGGUGUAGCCGUGUGAACAUCGGCUGAUACAACACAAGCUGUAUCCGUGUGAAUAUUGGCUGAUACAACACAACAAGCUAUCGAGAGAACCAGUCAUUAUCAAUGAGAAACAACAUUGUUUAGAUCAUGGUCACACAUUACGUGUUCUUUACAAUAACUGUUUCCAUGACUAUCGUGUUUGUGGAGUUUUACAACACUUGUUAUUGAAAUUGUUCUUGUUUUUGUGAUCAUUGGUUAUUGUUGUUCAUAAAGAAUAAAAAAUGAGAAAUAGAUAGA